CUAUCUACUGUGUCUUAUCGCGCAACAUUACAGAGUAUCUUACCUGACAGCUGCCCGACUCGACAAGCAAGCCCACUCUACCUUCCGCCCGUUGCUGAAACUCUCAUCCCCUUAAGUCGCAGCUUGAUCUCGAAAGGUUAGCUGGACAUCAGCCCAAGCAACAAACAGCAAGAUGGGCAACAUCGGGCGCAUUGCCUGCGUGGCACUGCCGUUCCUUCUCACCAUCGGCGCUAUUAUUGCAAUGCUGGUAGCUGGUCUGGCUGGAGUCGCCGACAAGUCGCUCUACAUGUUCCAAGUAAACACGACGGACCUCUCCAUCUCGCCGCUCUCGGUCAGGAAGAUUCUCAACGUGCGGAGCCCGGAACCGCAAGGCUUUGGCCUGUUCCACGACGUGCCGUCGCUUAUCAACAAGGAGGCGGACGAUACGUCAUCCAAGUCGACCAACAUCACCGCCGCUGACCUCGGCCUCUUCAACCUCUACGACGUCGGCAUCUGGGGCUACUGCUACACCCCCCAGAAUGGGUCGCGCGAGUGCACCAAGCCUCAGUUCAACUGGGCCACGGGCGCGCUGAACACGACAACUUCGGGAGUCAACAGCCUCAUCACGUCGACGGGCCUGAACGUCACGCUGCCGGAUGGCAUCAUGAACGCCGUGCAGGCUUUCGGCACCGUCUCGAAGUGGACCCAGGUCGUCUUCAUCAUCGCAUACGUGGCGCUGGGCGUGGAGCUCUUCUUUGGCGCGUUUGCCAACUGCAGCCGCGCCUUUUCGUGCGUCACGUUCCUCGUCGCCCUUGUCGCCAUGGUUGCCGUGUGCGCUGCGGCGGCACUCGCCACUGCCACAUCGGUCAUUGUGGUUGGUGCCGUCGAAGGUACGGCCAAGUUCUACGGCGUCAAGGCGAGCUUCAACACGAGGUUCCUGGCUGCCGUUUGGAUCGGCGCCGCCUUCGCCAUUGCCUCUGGCUUCUUCUGGCUCUUCACAAUCUGCUGCUGCAAGCCCGACCACACGCGCAAGAACCGCGAGCGUGGACCUUCGGCCGAGAAGCUCAUGUCAGGCCCGUACCAGCCCCUCGAAGUGCAGCACGGUGGCUAUCCCCAGCAGUACCCGCAGCAAUAUCCCCAAAGCUACGGUGCUCCGCAGCGCGACCUCGCGUACGAGCCUUACUCGCACGCUCGUGCCUAGAGGCAAUUAGAAUCAUGUCAUGGACAGCAAGGCGUGUAUCUUGUUACGAUGGAGCUUCUACCAAUAGGCGUGGUGUUGAGGUUUCUUGCGAAUGACUUUUUUCUUCCUCUGCGAUGGGGUGUUUCAUAGCUCUAUCGAUUCCGAGUUUGUUUAUUUCUUGUCGCACUGCAUUCAACCGGCGUUCUUUUUUUCGAUGGGAAUGAGGGGAGGGCGGAGGCCUGGUAACCGGCUUAAGAACGGUUUCGGGGGGAUUUGAUACGACCGCAAACAAGGGCAGGGGCAAAAACA